AUGGGCACAUCGAUCAUCAACGACGAGAAGACAACUCCUUCCACAACUUCCCCACCAGAUUCUAAUGAGGUCGAUAACCUUGAAGCUCUUGGAUAUACCGCCGAGCUUAAACGAAAUCGAUCUUUGUUUACUCUUCUCUUCCAAUCGCUUGCAAUUGCAGCAAUACCUUAUGGCGAAGGGGGGCCACUGAUUAGUGCUAUAUAUGGAGGUGGUCAACUCUCCAUCUUUGUCGGUUGGAUUGUGGUUCUUGUCUUGGAUGAAUGUGUGGCUCUAUCAUUGAGCGAACUUGCCUCGAGGUACCCAACAUCAGCUGGACCUUAUUAUUGGUCUUUUCAGGUCGCAAAGAGACACAAGACCAUUCUUUCAUUCAUUACCGGUUGGGUAUGGCUGAUUGGAAACUGGACAAUUACAUUGUCCGUCAACUUUGGCUUUGCAUCGCUAAUAUCUGCAACUAUCGCCAUAUAUCAUCCAAAUUUUGUAGCAUCUAGCUGGCAACUUACUCUCAUAUUCUAUGCUAUUUGUCUCAUAACGUUCGUUAUAUGCACAUUCGGCAACCGAUUUUUGCCUAUGGUUGAUACAAUCUGUGCUGCCUGGACCGCCGUCAGUAUUCUUAUCAUUCUCAUUGCCCUCUCAGUAUCGGCAAAAGAAGGACGACACAGCGCUAGCUACUCCCUUGGUAAUUACGAUACCUCUUUUGCUGGAUGGGGAGGGUUUACUUUCUUCAUCGGUCUAUUACCUGCUGCAUAUACUUUCUCUGCGAUCGGCAUGAUUUCUUCAAUGGCCGAAGAGGUUUCCAACCCUUCUGUCAAAGUCCCAAAAGCAAUGGCCCUGUGCGUUCCUGUUGGCGGAACAGCUGGCCUAUUCUUCAUCAUUCCCAUUUGUGUAACCAUGCCCCCUCUCGCCGACGUCAUUGGCGCCCCCAGUGCCCAAGCAAUCCCAUACAUUUUCCAUAUGGUCAUGGGUUCUCCAGGAGGCGGUUUAGGUCUUACUUUUCUUGUACUCGGUAUUACCAUGUUCUGCUCCAUUAGCAUCACAGUGGCCGCGUCACGCUGCACUUGGGCCUUCGCUCGCGAUCAGGCAUUGCCGGGCUCUAAAAUAUUCUCUAUUGUCAAUAAGUCCCUAAACGUACCAGUCAAUGCCCUCGUACUCGUCACUAUCGUGCAAAUGCUCCUCGGGCUCAUCAAUCUCGGCAGCAGCAGUGCCUUCACGGCUUUCGUAUCAGUAGGUGUCAUGGCACUUGCAAUAUCUUACGCUAUACCAAUCAGUCUUUCAUUACUUUGGAACAAACGACAAGAAGUCUCUCAAGCGCGUUGGAAUUGUGGGCAUGUUGUUGGAACGACGGUGAAUGUGGUGGCGUUGGUAUGGAUUACUUUUGAGGUGGUGUUAUUUAGUAUGCCUACGGCGUUACCGGUCACAGAGGUGACAAUGAAUUAUGCAAGUGUGGUCCUGGUAGGGUUUAUGGCGAUUGCGGCGAUUUGGUAUGGAAUAUACGCUAGGAAAGUGUACAAAGGACCACCGUCUUCAGAUGGUUUCUCGAAUGAUCAAAACACCACUAAUAUACCAGCAACAUCUCCAGCACCCGCUCCUGCUUCCACUCCCAAACUCAAACCUAUAUUCACACCAGCACCGCCAAAGCCAAAGCCAUGA